AUGAAUGCUUUCAGCCCUCGGAUUUUGAUGUUCCCAUGGCUAGGGUAUGGCCACAUCACACCAUACCUUGAGCUUGCCAAAAAACUCACCACUAAAGGCUUCUUCAUCUACUUGUGCUCCACUCAAACCACUCUCAAUUCCAUCCAAAACAAAAUCCCUCAAAACUUGUCAAACUCCAUUGAAUUAGUCCCCCUUGCAUUGGAGGUUUCACAAGAUGAUCUCCCUGAGAAGUACCACACCACCAAUGGCCUCCCUCCCCACCUCAUGCUCAAGCUCAAGGAGGCCUUUGACAACUCCAAACAUAACUUCUCAUCCAUUUUGGAGAAGCACAGGCCCGACCUCCUCAUCUUCGACUUCCUCCAGCCGUGGGCCCCACCGCUGGCCGAGGCCUUGGGCAUCCCUUCCGUCAUAUUCAUCACCAGCAGCUCUGUCAUGACCAGUUUCAUGUUCCAUCAUUUCAACUAUCCGGAGGCUGAGUUCCCGUACGGGAACAUCAGGUUCCGUGCCUACGAGUCUCGUUUCAUGGACGAGCUGCUGGCCAACGCCGGGGACCCUGAAGAGAGGGAGAAGGGCUCUGCGGGAGUCAACAUGUCUCGCGAGGUCGUCCUCAUCAAAGGGUCUGGAGAGAUCGAAGGGAGAUACAUCGAGUAUGUGUCUCGUUUGACCGGGAAGAGGUUUGUCCCGGUCGGCCCUCUUGUUCAGGAGCCUGAUGAGAAGUCCUCGCCAUCAGAGUUGUUGUCUUGGUUGGAUAAGAAAGAGGCGAGAUCGACCGUUUUCGUCUCGUUUGGGAGCGAGUACUUCCUUAGCAAGGAGGACAUGGAUGGGAUUGCUCAUGGUUUGCUGCAAUCCAAAGCUAACUUCAUUUGGGUUGUGAGGUUUCCGGAAACCGAGGUGGUUCUCGAGGAGAAGCUUCCGGAAGGGUUUCUUGACAAGGUUGGGGAAAGGGGGAAGAUUGUGCAAGGCUGGGCCCCACAGACAAGGAUCCUGGUGCAUCCAAAUGUGGGAGGCUUUGUGAGCCACUGUGGCUGGAACUCUGUGAUGGAGAGCUUCAAGUUUGGGGUUCCUAUCGUCGCGGUGCCAAUGCAUCUGGACCAGCCCAUCAACGCUAGGCUGGUCGAAGAGGUUGGUGCGGGGGAGGAGGUUGUGAGGGACAGAGAUGGGAGGCUGAAUGCUGAGACAGUUGCUGCGGUGAUCAAUCGUGUCGUGGUGGAAGAUGGCGUGAGGGCGAAGGUGGAUGAGGUUAAGAAGAUGCUUGCGUUGAAGGGAGAUGGAGAGAUCGAUGAAGUUGCUCGAGAACUCAUGAGCAUUUGCAGCAAGAGUUUGAUCAACUAA